UACAUAAUAGCUUCUACAAAUAGCUAUCAUUUCCACUUGUCAUCUUUGAUAGCCCUGAACGUCUUCAACGGCUGGUAAUUGAUCGAUCAGAAGGAGGACAAAUGAUUCAGCUGAUCUUGCCCUCUCGGUCCACUGCGUUUCUCACACGUCCAAAUUAUACCCCUCUACAUCUCUUCUUGGAUAAUAAUACCCCAAAAAUGACAUCUCUUCACUUCCAAAUUUCCACCAAUAUUCCUCAGUUACCCCUAUAGUUCACCCAAAAUGGCGACCCUAUUCUCAACAUCUCCGGCCGUUCUACGCCGGAGCCCCUGCUCCACGAAAUGCUGCCUCAACCAUAACUCGCCCGUCGACGGUGGUUUGGCCGGUUUUCCAGAAAAGAGGUUUGCAUCGAAUCGGCCGAGGGCGAAACCCCCUCGGCCGCGCAGGAUAAUUCUGGUUCGACACGGGCAGAGCCAGGGAAACGUGGACGAGUGUGUUUACACGCGCGUGGCGGACCCGAAGGUGGCGCUGACGGAGCAGGGGGUGGCGGAGGCGGAGGAGUGCGGUGGGGAGAUACGGCGGAUGAUUGAGAAAGAUGGAGGUGAUGAAUGGAAAGUGUACUUCUACGUGUCUCCUUACAGAAGGUCGCUUGAGACUCUCCGGAAUUUGGCUAAGGCAUUUGAGAGAUCCAGAAUUGCUGGUGUUAGAGAAGAGCCUCGUUUGAGAGAACAAGAUUUUGGAAAUUUCCAGGACCAAGAACAGAUGAAGAUUCAGAAAGCUGCAAGAAAGCGGUAUGGAAGGUUCUUUUACAGGUUUCCAAAUGGGGAAUCUGCUGCGGAUGUUUAUGACAGAAUCACAGGAUUUAGGGAAACUCUGAGAAGUGAUAUUGAGAUAGGAAGAUUUCAGCCGCCGGGAGAGCAAAGCCCCGACAUGAACUUGGUGAUUGUCUCACACGGUCUGACGCUGCGGGUGUUCUUGAUGAGAUGGUACAAAUGGACCGUCCAGCAAUUUGAAGCCCUUCACAAUAUUGGCAAUGGCAAGAUGGUUGUCAUGGAAAGAGGUCAUGGUGGAAGGUACAGCUUGUUAGUGCACCACACAAGAGAAGAGCUGAAGGAGUUUGGAUUAACAGAUGCAAUGCUAACUGACCAAGAAUGGCAGAAGCAUGCGAGGCCAGGUGAGCUAAACUAUGAUUGCCAGAUUACUGGAGCUUCCUACUUUACCCACUUCGACGAUGAUCAAGAAAACCUGCUACAUCAGUAGGUAGCGCAGCGAUUUGAAGCUGGGAAACGCAGAGGUUUGGGAGUCAGCCCAGAAGAACAGUCAGGUGUUUGAAGGUUUUGAACUCAUGACCUGAUUGACAUCCAUAAUUGAGGUCAAGUUUGAAAGCUCCAACGUAAGGAUUUGAAACAUCCCCAUAAAUAGUGAACGUCUUCUAGAUCAAUCGUGAUAGAUCAUUACGUACAGAGCUACAGAAAAAACAAUCUCUCGAAGAUUCUUUCUCAAUGUACUUUUUUAUACAAGUUUUUUUUAUCUGGAGCAUUAUCAAGAACUCUAUGAAUUUAAAGUGUGUGAACUAAUAAGUUGCUUUAGUAGUAAUCUACCAAGGCGCACAGAGCACAUUGUGAUUGAAUUCGGACACGUUGAACAGCAAUGGCUUGUGAACAAAUGUCAUCCAAAUACGUGGAUGGACCUGUCCCCUCUGCAUUACGUUAACUCAAUCCGCUUUAUGUAUCUUUGUAAUAUAUGAAUAUUAAGCGGCAGAUGAUCUGUACGCAAUUCAAGUUUUUUUC